ACGUUAUCGCGGUAGGUAUGUGCCACAUGCGGUUCUGAACGGUCGUAAACAGCGUAGUACAUCGCAGUCGUCCGGUGAAUGCAGUUCGUGUCACGUUUAUUACAAUACUGUGUAUGUUCGUCGCGUCGAAGUUGUUUGGCGGGUUUUCGAUUGUGGGUGUAAGAGAGACGAUUCGAAGGAGAUUUUCACUAGAACAAUAAAAUUAAAUCGCUGUACGGUCUCCUCGCCGGGUGUGCGUACCGAACGUGGUGGUAGACUCGACCUGCGUCUGGAGAGAUGACUCGAUGACACCGGAUUCUCCGUUGAUUACCGCCGCCGAGCAGUGCACAGGAUUUAUAUAGUUACCCACUCGGACGCUGCCACCAACAGGGGUUUCAAACGACAAGAGCUCAAUUACACUACACAUGAUGAGCGUUCAAAACCUUCGGAACAAGUUCAGCCAGAACAACGGUUCGGUCCCGUACAACCCUCCCGGACUGAGUUACGGGAAACCCGAAUCCACGGUACCGUCGAGUCUGAAAAACCACAACAAUAACAAUAACAACCAUCACCAUCACCACCAAGUGUCGAACUUCCAGAUGCAAAACGGUGGCGGUGGACGGUUCAAGACGAUUCGCGAGGAGCCGGAUGUACCGGAAGACUGCAGCAGCAGCAGUAGCAAGCCGGUGGCCACCAAGAACAACAGUUUUCUGCAGAGUUAUCUAGCGAACGAGAUGACGAGGAACAUCGGUGGUUCACCCGGCAACGGCAAUAAGCAGAUGGCCGCUGCACAGGUGCCGGUGCACAACCGGUUCGUCGCCUCUAAGUCGUCGCCGGUGGUGGAAGUUGUGUCGAAAUUCGCGGUCAAGUCACCCCCGGAAACCACGUCGAAAUUGACGUACGGUGAGGUCAAAUUGCCACAGCAGUCGCCAGCAGUGCCCGUACACCCGCCCAAGCCAAUCGGCGCAAAACCAAUGCUUCCGCCGCCGCUACUAGACAGCACUCCGCCCAGGUUUUCCGUCAAAUCGUCGACUGUCCUGAACAGUAGCACCAGCAGCAGUCCUUCACCGACCACCGAGGACAAAUGGAAGAACAAAUAUGACGAAACGGAGACGAAGAGAAAGACCCUGUUGAUUCAGUCUCAGAAACUGUUGAGAGAAAAGUCGGACAUGGAACGCCAAGUGGCGAAGCUACGCACCAAUCUCGAACUGUCGAAUAAAGACUUAUCGGAAAGGACCUUGCAACUCUCUCAGCUGAGGAACCUUUCUGAAGCGAUGUACAAGGAAUAUGAUCAAUUAAAACAGCAAUAUGAACUCGAGACAACUACGUUGCAAAAGGCGAUGGAAAGAGCUUCGCAGUGGUAUAAACAAAAUCGUGAGCUGAAAAGAAGGAGCUCGGCUUUAAUGCAAAAAGUAAUGUCAGUGGCGCCGUCCACGUUGGACGACUUGGCAGAUGACACGGACGGUAAUGACAACGAUACGGACAAUAACGACACCGAAAUGGAAGAACUGCGGAAAACUGUCAAAGAGCUUACUCAAGAAGUUUCGAGGCUACAAGCAGAGUUAAAUAAAAUUAAUCUACAAGAGUUUGAAGCCCAGGAGCAGACAGUAGACUUGACUUCUGAACUAGAGGAAGAGCGUAGGGGGCGAAAACGGGCUGAACAAGAACUUAAAGAAUUAAAAAUGAAACACGACAGUUUGGAAACAGUUAGCCGUAAAGUAGUCGAAGAGACGACUGUAUUACAUCAACAAUAUAAGAGAGAAAAAGAAGAAGGCGUAAAGAUACGAAGUGAUGCGAACAAAGUAAAAUCCGAGAGAGACGUUUUAGCCAGGCAAAGUCAACUGUUGAUGAUGGAUGCUGCAUCGGAUGAAAAAAUAAUGAAACUGUUGUUUGAGGUCGAACAAUUGCAAAGAACAUUAAGCCAAGAGAGACAGGAGCAUAUGGAACAGCUGAAAGAUUUACACGAAAAGUUAGAGUCUCAAAGCGAAUCCGAACAAAUCGAAUUGUACGAAGAGAAGUUAAAGUUAAUCGAAGCAGAAUUACUAUGUUCUCAGCAAAGAGCUGACAUUGCUGAAUCUCAGGUUGAAGAACUCGGAAAACAACUCCGAGAAACCAAAACCGUAGUCGCGCCGCCCCAGUGCGGACCCCCACCGCCACCACCCCCGCCAGCACCACCAGCACCACCGCCACCCCCGCCACCCAUGUCGUUGGCGGGGACGAGCGGCGGCAUCAAGCUGAAAACGGUUAGCUCGUUGAACCAUAACUCCAACGCAAUUGAAGAUUUAGGGAAUUACUUGGGACUCCCAAUGGCUACUCCCAAAGGCCCUCAAGUACAGAACGGUGCCAUUGACGCGAUAAUCAACCAGAUCAAAGGAGGUCGUUUCAGUCUGAAAGCCACGGACAAAGAGAAACAGACUCCGGUCAAAAAACAAGAACCUCAGCCCGUCGUCAACGAGAUGAUGAACGUCCUGGGCACGUUGCGUCGGAAUCCCAAACGAAGAGCCAGUUUCAAAACUGCGCCUGCCGACGUGGCGCUAUAGUACCUAAUAAUAAUAAAAGUAUAUUUACACUUAGAUAACUACUGUCCGCGUGUCUCGCUCGAAACAAUUAUUAUUAUUACGAUAAAUAUAUUAUAUAUUUUUUUUUUUUUGUUCCUCAAAUGUGUGGUGUUCGUGUGCGCGAAUAGCAUACUUGUCGUAAACAUUUUCACUACUCAUUAAAAGAAAAAUCUUUCAUUUUACUGUACAUAAUAUAAUAUAUUUAAAAAAAUGAUAUGUCGCGACUCUUUAGCUUAAAAUAUGAUAUAAUAUAAUGUAAUGUAAUGGUCGUGAACGACGGGACAUCUGUGAUUUUUAUAUUUCUAUCGAAUUUCUCAGUAGAUAUUUAAUAUUGUGCAUAGUCUAAGGAAAUUAUUUUUAAGAAUUUAUUAUUACUAUUUAUUAAGAACUGUGAUCGUUUUCGUCUAACUGUGAGUGUAAAAGUUAUAACGAUGUAUAGGUAAGAAG